AUGUUGUCUGCUAGACUUGCGGUUCUUCUUGUGAUUUGCGUUGUUGUUUCUGAAGCAUGCCAAAACAAUAUGAGUGGUGCUAGACGACGUCAAGAAGAACAACAACAACAACGAACAGAGGAAGCAGCUGCUGCUAGAGUGGCCUCCGUAGGCGGAACCCGGACAGAAAUUAAUGCGGCAAGAGCCGAAGCUCGCACAGCCAGCGUGACAGCCUUAAGGUCCAUGAGCCCCGUAGGCAGAGCACGAAUAGCUAGAAAUCGCAAUCGCAACGCACGUCGUCGCGGAGCAGCUGCACGUCGUCGCGCAGCAGCUGCGCGCCGUAGACAACAAGCCGGAGGUGGCACACGACCUCGUCCAACACCAAGGCCAAUGAUGGGAGGACAAAUGCAAAUGAUGGGAGGACAAAUGCAAAUGAUGGGAGGAGGACAGCAAAUGAUGGGAGGACAAAUGAUGAUGGGCUAG